AUGGAUAAAUUGACACUAAGUCACUUAGAUAUAAAUAGUGUAACUAAAGAGCUUAGAAAAGAUUCAUUAUCUAUUAAAAAUAGGCUUCAAUCUAUUAUUUACGAUGCACUGUUUGUUGAAUCAACUAAAGAUAAGGUUGGGUUACCAUUAGUGCCUAACGAGAGAUGCGGAUUAUGGUAUGUACCACCAAAUAAACAAAAGGAUACCUCUUAUUUCAAAUCUACUGAUGGACAUACUGGCGAAUGGUCCUUUUCUUUAAGAAGAUUAAAUUUUCAUUUAUUACCAAAAAUAAGUGCUUACGGAGGUAUUGCAAUCAUUGAUUCAACAAGAAAAGGUAAGCUUAUGCCUGAUGCCUUGCUGAAAACUAUUCCAAUUUGGUGUGCUGUUUUAAACACUAUAUUAUAUGAAGGGGAUAGUGAUAAAGAUAUACUAGAUGAGCUUAGAUUAGAAGAAAAUUACUCUGAUGCUAAAUUUAUUUUAUCCUUGAAGAAUGAACACAAUUGGGUCUCAACACCAAAAUUCAUGGUUUUUGCUAGUGAAAGAAAUGAAAUCUCAAAGCUAAUAAGCUCUUUCGCAAAUGAGGUAAAGAAGCUAAAUUUGGUUACUAAAGAAAAGCUAAUACAACAUCUUGAUGGAAAAAAAAGGCCCUUGAUACCUCAAUGGCAUUAUCCAGGAUGCAAGAAUAAUAAUGAUGACUUGAGCACCAACGAUCCUUUUUUCUUUGAUCAUGAGCAAGAUUCAAAUGCUGAAAGAGCUUAUUUCUUGAUUCAAUGUAUAACGGCAUCCAAAAAGACGAAUGAAUAUGGUGGUUCAGUGCUCACAGUAAGAAACAACUUAACUAACGGAGAGAUAAAGCUUACUUCGUGGUAUUAUAUCCAAGGAUCAGCAGAUGACCAUGAACUUUGGGCUACAAAGGAGAUCUGUGACGGAAAUCUUGAUUCUCGAUUUUUUUGGGACAAUGUUGUCUCUAAUAAUGGGAAACAAAACGAAGAUGUAAUUGACAAAGAUACAGGAUAUAUUUAUGAUUGGAUCUCAGAAAAUGAGCUUAUCUUGAAGAUAAAUAGAAUCUACGAGAAAUAUGUUAAAGAUAGAACUUUGUUAUCUGAUGAAGAAAUUGACUUAGAUGUAAGCUAUGUCAAGAAUGAUAUCAAUGAUACUGGUUUAGUGUUUGGUAUCAUAGAUAGGAAAUUGAACUACAAUUCAUUCAUCAGUAAGUAUCAAAAUGUGACUCAAUUAGUAAUAUUUAGUGAGUACUUCGGUAUCUCAAAUAUUCCAGAUAAUCCAAAAAUCACCAUAUUGCAGUUUAAAGUUGAAUCUUCUAAGAAAGGAUCAAAGAAAUUAAGAGAAGUAUUCCCUAAGAUUAUUCCUCAACUAGAUAUCCAACAUGCUUCAAAAAAUGAUAAUAUUAUGAUUCUUUGUGAAACUGGAAAAGAUAUAAGCACUGGAUUAGUGUUAGUCUUAUUGUGCAAAUAUUUCAACUUAGACUGGGCUCCACUUCAAUCCGUUCCAAAAAUUAGUAAAGAUAUGGUCAAGCAGCAAUUAUGCCUCUUGCUAAAUGUUAGGAAAGUUAAUCCUAGCCGGAAUACUUUGCAGAGUGUAAACACUUAUAUAAUGUAA